GUCGCUUACGGCCAUACCACGUUGAAUGCACCAGUUCUCGUCCAAUCACUGAAGUUAAGCAACGUCGGGCUUGUGGUAGUCAUCUUUUUACUUCUCUCCUAUGAGAAUCACAAUUUUACAAAAGUCGAUUAUAGGUAAAAAUAUCAAUCUUAAGGAAGACAAUACUAAUAACAAUCCGAUACGGACAUGAUACGACCAGAAACGCCACUUCAAUUAGUUAUACGAUUACAGCGUUCUAUGAGUAAAUAAUUGAGAGGCAAUAUUGUUUUUUAAGGUGAUUUCUUCUCGCCGGAUUUAUUUUGCAAUAUUUGGAAUCUACAUCAAUUGUUUUACAUUACAACGGUGAGCACUUAAAACCAAAAAAAUCAUAAUUGUUUGAACAAAGAAAUUCUAUAUGAAAAAACAGUAUUCAUUCGCUUAAGUUUGUUAUCGUACGAUGGCCAGUAAUUACUAAUAUAAACUGUUUUGACAGAAACUGUUAAUAAAAUCUUCGUUUUCUAAUAUAUAAAACAAUCAUUUUUUCUUAGGUUAUUAUAAAACGAUCAGGUGAAAAGUUUCAAUCUUAUUUUUUUCACACUCUAUGAAUUCAAAAUAAGCUUUCAUCUUCGGUGUGGUGCAGAAUUUGCAUUUGCCGCAAACUAAAAAGAGAUAAAGCAAAAUAUGGUUCACACUUCAAUAAAGAAACCACCAGCAAGUCAGAUAACAUUUUUUAAAACCUAGCUUAAGAGACAGAAAACGAUUUUUAUUGUCAGUAAUAUAAUAUUCUUCUCUAUCAGGUACUAUGAUUACGGCGGAUUUCCUGGAAAAGCACGAAAGUACAAGCAUUUUGCGGACUAUUAUAAGCAGGACAUUCCUUUCUAUAAAAGAUAUAUAUAUAUAUAUAUAUAUAACUUAUAUAUGUUCAUUCUGAUUCAAACAAAACAGUGUUCAUCAAAUUAUAACACAAGCGCUAAAGUCAUGGGACAGUGUGACGGACGUACAUACAUAUAGUGACUAGUGAGUGUGACGGACGUACAUACGCGGGGAGUUUCUGUUACAAAUUUUUUCACAUAUUGAUCAUAAAUUGGAGGUAUUGGAGUUGUUGGUACACCAUUAUCAUCAAUACAAUAACUUCCGAUUAUUGCAUUAUCUUUUAUUGUUAUUGAACAAGAACACAAAUGACGAGUUACAAACGAUUUUUUCAGUAUCGUUCUUAUUUAAACGCUUUAACUGAUAUAAAUAACCUUUAUAAAAAGUACAGCAUCUUGAUCUUUUUUACUUUUAAUACGAGAAAAGGUGUGGUUGCUGUAGACGUCAUCAUUCAACAUAAUUAGAAAUUUUACAGUGCGUUCAUAUGCCUUGCAAAUUGUCUCCUUAAAUACCCUCUCCAGUUUAAAAGUACGAUUGCUGAUCGGACUCUACGCGAGAUAACGAAUCAGAGUAUCUAUACCGUUUCUUCCCACACCAUCCCGCUGGAAAAAAGCUCGAUUUGCUAUGUCUUUGAAGAAAGUGGGACUCCAGAUAAUUUCUACUAAUAUCUAUUAACUAUUUAAGGCAAUGACAAGCAUUUCGAAAUAAACAUAUUCCAGCUGGCUAAAUUUCAUGUGUGAGAAGAAGAAGAUAAACCAAAAAAGAUAAAUGCAAUGACUAACCUUAUGAUUCAUUCAAUAAUGUUGCAUCAAUAUUGCCACGCCGACAUUAUUCAUAUAUAUAUAUAUAUAUAUGGGUGUGUGAUAAAAACAUUCAUUUGAAAUAAUUCUAUACGAUUACGAAAGUGAUGUCACACUUCGACUUAGACAGAGAAUACGAUUAUUUGUUCAAAAUUUCGAUUAUCGGAGAUAGUGGAGUAGGUCAGUACAACUAACUUACUCUUGCAUCACUGAUCUAUUUUUAUGCUUUCGUUUCCAGGAAAAACAUCUAUUUUCCAACGUUUUGCAAAUAAUUCUUUUUCAACAGAUUAUGCAUCGACUAUAGGAGUGGAUUUUCAAAUUCGAACAAUUGAUAUUGAUUCAAAACAUGUUAAACUUCAGAUAUGGGAUACAGCUGGUCAGGAUCGUUUCAAAUGUGUUGUUAGAAAUUUUUAUCGUGGAGCUCAUGGUGUAUUAUUGUGCUUUGAUAUAACUGAUAGUGACAGUUUUCGGAAUAUUGCAGAAUGGACAGAUGAAAUACAACGAUAUUGUCCUCAAAAUAUCCCGGCAAAAGAAUGUGCUGACACAAAAGGCAUUCAAUAUAUUGAGACAAGUUCAAAAACAAACUAUAAUGUACAAAAAACAUUUCUUAAUUUUGCCAAAACACUAAUUCAACAUUUAGAUAAACGGCUAACAAUCGAUGAUUCACAAGAAACGUUUAAGUCCAAUCUAAAAAACGCACGGAAACAAGUAUUUGAGCCAAUAGUCAUGGAUACCCACGCACAAUCAAUUGAUUUUAUGGCAUUUGUUGAAAAUUUUUUUCGAAUCAUCUGUGAAUAA